AUGAAAGGGAACCAAAUAUAUCCGUCUGCUCCUCCCCAAGAGCUUUACUAUGCUGCAAGACCACCUCCAUAUAGCUGGUCACCCUCACCUCCACCGGCCCAAACCAUUCCCACUCGCCCACCUCUUGAAACCUCUUAUAAAGAAGGAGAGGAGUAUGAAGAAGUACAACCUGAACCUCAAAAAAUAGCAAGAUUUCGUGUAAGACCCGACAAGAAACGCAAAAGACAUAACCCGCAACUGUAUACCAAGAGGGGAUGUACGGAUGUUUUUUGUUGUUUUCUUUUUCUGUUGUUCACCGCUGGGUGGGUAGUUGUUGCUGCGAUAGGUGUAAUGUGGGGAGAUCCGGAAAGAUUACUUACACCGACGGAUUCAUUUGGUAGACGAUGCGGAACAAUGAGACCAAACUCUUACAAUUAUACGACUCGUCCAUAUCUUCUCUAUUUUGAUAUUACUAAAUGCAUAUCUUACGCCACAGCUUUAGGGGGGUGUCAAACAUCUCAGGUUUGUGUCGAAAAAUGCCCAUCGGAAUACUUCUCCUACCUCCAAUUGCAAUCAGUAUCCCCGGCAGAGUUUCAAUCAAAAGUUUACUCGAACCUAUACUGUGCGGAUAAUGUGGACAAAUCUACGAUCACAUCCUUCCCCGUCUUGAGACAGUUGGUUCAAUCAAAACAGUGCAUCUCUUACACUGUGAACUCAGCGCCCGUUUUGGGAAGAUGUAUACCUCAAGCAAUUAUUGGAGCUGCUGAUAAAGUGAACGAUUUACAGAAGACUAACAUAUCUCUUGAUGUUCUACGUAAUAUGUUUGGAGAUGAUGGAGGAAUGAUUCCUCAGGAUUAUCAAAUCAAAGGAAGUCAGGUCGUAGUUGGUGCAGUAGUUGAUGGAGAAACUUCCGUAUUGACAAAGAUGGUUCAUGAUUUAUCCAAAUCAUGGUGGCAGGUUCUGACUUUGAUUAUAAGUGCUGGUGUUCUGGCUUUUGUCUGGACUGUUAUUAUGAGAUUACUCGGUUCACUAAUGAUUUGGACUUCUAUUCUCGUCUUGAUGUUAGGACUGCUCGGAGGAUGUGGAUAUAGUUGGUUGAAAUGGAACGCUCUUGUGAAACAAGGAGCUGUUGACGAUUUUUCUUUCCAGCCAAUGUUCAGUGUUUACUUCGAAAUGCCAACUACUUGGCUUGUAGUCGCGAUCAUUCUCAGUGUAAUGGCCUUAAUUUUCGUUUUCAUUCUACUCUUCGUUCGAAAACAAAUAUCUAUAGCCGUUGCUCUAAUCGAGGAAUCAAGCAGAGCCAUUGGUAAUAUGAUGUCAACCCUUCUUUUUCCUUUGUUCCCAUUCGCUUUACAUAUUUUGGUUUUCGCAUUGUGGGGAACUAUCACCAUUUGGGUUUCCUCAUCUGGUCAAGAAAACUGUAGAAGAGUACCAUAUCCUGGUGCUUUGGUGACCAAUACUAGCUCGCGAUGUGAUUGUGCUUUGUCUUAUCAGGAUACAACAUGUGUAUUCGUUACUAUCACUAAAGAUGAAGAUAUCGUUUUCUGGCUCCAAGUUUACAAUCUUUUUGCAUUCUUCUGGAUGACUUGUUUCGUAGCUGCUUUAGGAGAUAUUGCUUUAGCCGGUGCCUUCGCUAGCCAUUAUUGGGCUUUAGAUAAAUCAAAAGAUUUACCGUCAUUCCCUGUGUUGAGAGCAUUGGGAAGAGCCAUCAGAUAUAACAUGGGGUCCUUAGCCUUUGGUUCUUUGAUAAUAGCAAUCAUCAAGAUAAUCCGAGUUCUUUUGGAAUACUUUGAAGAGAAGUUUGGAAAGUCAGAGAACGCGAUUAUCAAAAACAUAUUUUUGGCUUUGAAAUGUUGUUUCUGGUGUAUGGAAGUGUUCUUCAGAUUCCUUACGAAGAAUGCUUACAUUAUGAUGGCCAUAUAUGGAAGAGGCUUUUUCACUUCAGCGAAAGAUAGUUUCUUUUUGUUGUCCAGGAACAUUCGAAGAACUGUGGUUGUCAACCAAGUAGCAGGGCUUCUACUAUUUAUAGGAAAAGCUAUGAUUACGAUAGGAAUGGGUGUUGUUGCUUUCUUCUUCUUCUCUGGACAGUGGGUAGUUGAAGGGAUUCCUCGUGUAGAUUUAUACUACUAUUUUGUUCCAAUCGUCAUCGUUGUAAUAGGGAGUUAUUUCAUUGCUGAUCUGUUCUUCGACGUGUAUGAGAUGGCUGUCGAUACUACCUUCAUAUGUUUCUUGGAAGAUUCUGAACAGAACGACGGCAGUGCAGAGAAACCAUUUUUCAUGUCUAGACGUCUCCAGGAAAUUUUGGGGAAGUCAAACGAUUCGACCGUUCAUCCAAAAUAA